AUGGGUGGUGCAUCUCGCGAAGGCGGCAAGGCCAAACCCCUCAAGGCCCCAAAGAAAGAGAAAAAGGAGCUUGAUGACGAGGAUCUUGCUUUUAGAGAAAAGCAGAAAGCUGAUGCCAAAGCCAAGAAGGAGCUCCAGGAGCUGGCUAAGGGCAAGAAAGGCCCUAUGAACACUGGUCAGCAGGGAAUCAAGAAGUCUGGAAAGAAAUAA